CAUAGUAAUACUAAUGCUAGUAUUUUGAGAACUUACGAAGACAAGUCCCAGUUCAGUCCGUUACGGAAUGUCUUGUGUUCACAGUACCAAGGCUCCUACAGGAUGAGGAUCUACGAGAGAGAAGGCUUCGGAGGCCAGAUGAUGGAGUUCAUGGACGACAUUCCCAAUGUCUACGACCGCUUCCGAUACCAUGACAUCCACUCCUGCAAUGUGAUGGAGGGAUACUGGAUGUUCUAUGAGCAGCCCAACUACAGAGGCAGGCAGUACUUCAUGAGGCCCGGAGAGUACAGGAGGUUCAGCGACUGGGGAGGCAUGAACCCCAGGAUCGGCUCCUUCCGGCGCCUCAUGGACUUCUGUUAAAUAAAGAGCAAUUCUUUCUUAUUUGUGAGAACACAAUAAUAAUAAAAAAAAAAUCUC